AUGCCAACGGCAAAGAAACAAAAGAAAAAGAGAACAAAAGAGGAGAUUGCUGAGGCAAGUCCCAUCUCUAGCUUGAAGUUUUAUCGUCUAAAAUACAAUGUAGACCCAAAUAAGCCUGUUCAAAAGAAGGUUAGUCGAAAAGGGGAAACUGAAAAGCAAAGAAAAGCUCGUUUAGCCAACGACAGACAAGAAACAAGGGCAAAGCAGAGGGAGGAGGAGGAGCAGAAGAUGAAUAAUGCACCAGGCACUCCUGGUUUUGCUGGUUACAUUCCUGGUCAAGCUAACUUUCAAGAUUGCAUGCCUGGUGGUAAAGCCAACUUUUCCCGCAUUAAAUUUGCCCCAAACCAGUCUUUUGGAGCCACCAACCUAAACCACGGCAAUGGCUUUGGAGCCACCAACUUCAACACCACCCAACACAAUGCUCAGGGAGGCCAAAACUUGUUCAGUCGUCAUUCCUCCCAGGGGCCACCGCUACACCAGAUACUUCAAACCCAAGCUAUCAUGGUGCUACUGGACCGUCGCCAUUUGGCUGCUAUCCUUGUUCUGGCCAGUCAAAAUUCAAACCAGUUUUCUGGACAAACUGGUGGUUUUCAAACUCCUCAUGGCCAGUCGACAGUUGCACAUGCUGGAUCUGAUGUGUUGAUUGCGACGGCGGGGAGCAAUCCACUUGUCUUUGAUUUUCUUGCAAAACAAAUGGAAAGACCCCAACCCGCCGCCAACAGUCCAUCAGAACGACCAACACCAUCCCAACUUUUCUCUACUCCAUCUUGGAGUAACCCAGCUGGUAGCGCUCGAGGGGGAGACGGUAAUACUACUGUCCCUAUGGAGGAGGAUCAGGAGGAUCAGGCUGGAGCAAAGAGAUUUACUGGAGCACCACCAGUGUUCAACAAUGGAAAUCUCAAGCCCUCCAACACAAGAGGACGUCCUUAG